AUGCUAUGGGAGCUUCUUGCAGAUGAUAUUCUUUUCGAUGGACUGGACUCUGGGAGCAGCACGUAUUCUCGAGCAAAAGACAUAGCACAAAUGAUACGGCUGCUUGGUCUGCCUCCACUGCAGUUACUAGAACGGGCAGACAAAGGCAUUUGCUCUGAACUCUUCUCCAGCAACGGAGAGUUCAAAUUGCCAGGUCUAAUCCCUUCCGAGGAGUUUAAUUUUUCAAAUCUUACACCAUUUCUCCACGGGGAAGACAAAAGACUUUUCCUUGGAUUUGUGAGUAAAAUGCUGCGCUGGGAGCCAGAAGUACGGACAACAGUGACCCCUGGCUGA